UGGCUGGCUGCAUCUCCUGGCCUCUCCGCUCGGAGUACCCGGGACUCUGCACUGCGUCGGAGCCCUGCGCCCUCGGUUAGGGAGGCGGCGCUUUUCAAUGCCCGCGUGCGCGCUCAGCCCCUGCGCUCAGCUUCCAAGUUCAGGGCUACGAAAUAAUGAUGCGCACCAAGGGCCUCCGUCCUCCUCCGAGGACCCCUCACAGACACGCCCGAGGCCCCCAAGGCUGGAGGUGAAAGGCGGGAGCCCGGCGGACUCCCCAGACCCGGCAUCCCCUACCCUGCGUGCCCGCGUCCCAGGGCUCGAAGGUGCCCGGCGGGGCGCACGACGGCCCUACGGAAGCUGAGUCCGGGCGGGGCAGACGCGGAUGCAGGGCGAUGAACAAAUCACACAUUUCUACUUUGACGUCUUUGCUAAGUGUGUGCGUGUGAACCGCAGCCAGCCGGCAGCGUCCCGCUGCGCUCUUGGAGCACGUGGCCCAAGCUUCGCCGGAUGUUGACGGUGUAGCCUAGCAACGAGAGAUGGCGGAGCCGGAGGACCAGGCUGGCGGGUCUCACCCAGAAGAUGGAGCAGCUUCUGAGCAGGAGGAGGAGACACAACAGCACGGCAAAGACGAUGAGGCGUCACCAUCAUUGGCGGACAAUGAUCAAGGAACCGGGGAGGUCCGAGGUGCCUCUGAGGAUGUUGAAACUGAAGGUGAUGGUGGAUUUGAAGGGGAAAUUGUGGAUGAUGAGCAAGUUGGGGCUGAAGGAGAAUCUGUCCCUGAAGGAGACGAAUCUGCUUGGGAAGCCACCUCCCAGGGGGAUAUUGAAUCCUUUGGAGAGGUCACCUCAGAAAGGGAAAUCGAAUCCUUUGGAGCAAUCACCCCUGAACAGGAUAUUGAAUCCUUUGGCGCGAUCACCCCUGAACAGGAAACUGACUCCUUUGAAAAAGCCAUCCCUGAACAAGAAAUUGAAACCAAUAGAGAUACUGUCUCUGUAGGGAAAAUCAAAGCCAUUGGAGAGGCUGCCCCUAAUGGAGAGGCCGCCCCUGACAGAGAGGCCGCCCCUAAUGGAGAGGCCGCCCCUGACAGAGAGGCUGCCCCUGAAGGAGAACAUGAAUUCACUGGAGAAGCUACCCCUGAAGGAGGAGACGAAUUCCCAGGGGAAGAGGAAGCUGAAUUCUCUGAUGGGAUCACCUCUGCUGAGUUCACCUACACAAAUAUCAGUCCUUGGGAGCUGUCGGCUGAGGAAGCAAGGGCUGCCUCUCUGUAUGAGAGAACCAUGCCUGCCUCUGCCGAGGUAUCCCGGCGUAGCUCGUAUGAAGAGGUGAGAACCCAAGAGGACAGAGCGCAAACACGCCCAGGUCCACAUCAGAAGGUCUUUCCUAUGGGGGCGCGACAUCGCUUCAGACUGAGCCUUGUGGGCAGCCUGGGGUCCUCGGAGAUGGAAGAUUUCCACCUGGACUCAGAGGAGGCCUCUGAGCAAGAAUCAGAGCAGAUCCCAGCCCACCCGCAGGAGGAAACCUGCCGGCAGUUCCCAGACCAGAUUCAGCCCCAUGGCCCUGAUGAACAGGCCCUGGUGGAGAGGGUGGUGCCUGAAGGGAGCAACGAGGCGGAGGAAGAGGGAGCCCAACUGGUGGUUCUGGACCCCGACCACCCCCUGAUGAUCAGAUUCCAGGCGGCCCUAAAGAGCUACCUCAACCGGCAGGUGGACAAGCUGAGGCUGGAAAUUCAAGAGCUGGAUGUAGCCACCAAGCAAACCCGAGUCCGGCGGCAGGAGCUGGGUGUGACUCUUUAUGGGGUCCAGCAGCGCCUGGCCCGCCUGCAGAUGCAACUGGAGCAGAGCCAUGACCGCCACUCCAUCGCCGCCUGUGAGAGGAGGCGGAAGGAGGAGGAGCUGCAGAGCGCCCGUGUGCUCUACGACAAGACCUGUGCUACAGCCAACGAGGAACGCAGAAAGCUGGCAGCCCUGCAGACCGAGAUGGAGAGCCUGGCUCUACACCUCUUCUACAUGCAGAACAUAGACCAGGACGUGCAAGACGACAUCCAGGUGAUGAAGCAGGUAGUGAAUAAGGCUGAGAAGGAGAGGACUCGUGCAGAGAUCGAGAAGAAAAAGCAGGACCUGUUCGUGGACCAACUUACUGCUCGGGCCCACCAGCUAGAAGAAAACAUCUCUCUGUUUGAGGCUCAGUACCUGUCUCAAGCUGAGGAAACCCGGAUUCUGAGGAAAGCAGUGAGUGAGGCCUGCGCAGAGAUCGACACUAUCACCAUGCAGAAGAAGCACAUCCUGCAACAGUGGUCCACCAGCCUGGUGGGCAUGAAGCACCGGGAUGAGGCACACAGGACAGUGCUGGAUGCACUCAGGGAAUGUGAGCAUCAGGUGAAGUCCAUAGACGUCGAGAUCAAGGCCUACAAGAAGUCCAUCAUGAAGGAGGAGGAGAAGAACGAGUCUCUGGCCCGCCUCCUGAGCCGUUCAGAGACCGAAUCCACGCUGGUGCAGAAACUGACCACCCAGUGCCUGAGCAAGCAGGAGGCCCUGCAGAGAGAGUUCAGCACCUGCCAGCUGGCCCUGCAGGACACUGAGGAAAUGCUGACCAAGGGCCAGCUGGAGCACUCAGCCAUGCUCAGUGAACUGCAGGCCACCCGCCAGGCCAUCUACCAGGAGCAGAAGCUACGGCAAAAGAUGGACGCCUCCAUCCUGGACAAGCUGCAGGAGCACGUGACCUCCAGCAAGAUGACCAAGUAUUUCCACCAACUCCUGCGGAAGCUGCAGAAAGAAAACACCAAUCUAAUGACUCAUCUUUCGAAAACUGACGGUGACAUUGCCCAGGCCACCCUGGACAUCACCAACACCCAUUGCAAGGUGGAGAUGCAUCAGACGACACUGACUGAGCUGGACAAGGAGGUGAAGAGGAUCAACGAACUCAUCACCAACAGUGAGAGCGAGAUCGCGCGCCGCACCAUCCUUAUCGAGAAGAAGCAGGGUCUCAUCAACUUCUUCAACAAGCAGCUGGAACAGAUGGUGUCCGAGCUGGGGGGCGAAGAGGCCGGGCCCCUGGAGCUGGAGAUCAAAAGGCUGACAAAGCUAGCUCAGGAGCAGGACACUGAAGUGACCCAGGCACAGACGACCUGGCUGCGCCUACAGCAGGAGCUGGUCCAGGCCACCGGGGAGCGCGAGGAGCAGCUGGUGUCCCUGGACCAGCUCAAGAAGGAGGUUCACAUCUUAGAGCAGAAGAAGCUACGCAUAGAGAACAAGAUCCAGCAGGAAAAGAGUGAGCAAAAGGAGAUCCACCGUCACAUGAAGGACCUGGGCAACAACCUAAUAAAGCUCAAUUUGCUGGUGAACAAGAACAAACACAGCUCGGAGGAACUGCAGCAGGACAACCUGGUGGCUGAGUCAGAGUUCGUGCGCUCACUGAAGGAUGCAGAGAGGGAAACCAUCCAGAUGCAGGAGAAGCUGACACAGCUCCGUGAGGAGAAGGCCACCCUCCUCAACAACCUGGUGGAGGCUGAGCACCAGAUCAUGCUUUGGGAGAAAAAAAUCCAACUGGCAAAAGAGAUGCGUGCUGCGGUGGAUUCUGAUACUGGGCAGAUGGAGAUCCGCUCCAUGAAAGCUGAGAUCCACAGGAUGAAGGUCAGAACCCCAGAUCUGGUGGCACGGCGUGGCAG